UUUUGUGUCUACUAAGCUCAAUCAAUCACAGCAUAACCAUGUACUUAAACAAAGUUUAUCAUGUGAGCCCUAUUUUGGCCUUAACUCCACAGUUUCUUCUUUGCGCCGUGGUGAGUUCCGCAAUGAUCAUGAUCAACUCGAUCCCCUGGAAACCUGUUGAUCUGGUUAAAUGUGGCGAGCGUACCAUGCCGGUGAUUUAUGCUUCUGCUGUCAUAGUGUUUCUGGGACUGAACUUUUCCUAUGCUGCUGUGACAUUUCUACCCUUGGGAGAUGUGGUUGUGAUCAUGUUCUCAAUACCGAUAUUCAGCUUUGUCCUGGCCUUUGUCAUUUUGAAACAGAAGGCCGAACCGAUCCAUCUUUGGUCUGGAGCAGUGAUCAUCUCAGGUGAAGUCAUGGUCAUAUGGUCACGCUUUGAGAAACCUAUUGGAUAUUCAACGGUGUCACUCUGGACAGGCGUGAUCAUUUCCGUCAAUUGGGCCCUUAUCUCUGCCCUAAAAGGAGUUUUGGUCAAUGGUUUUCUAAAAGAAGUGUCACCAUUCACUGCCUUGGUUUACACCAGUAUUCCAUCCAGUUUUUUAAUGGUUAGCUUCUAUCCGCUGCAAAGCCAAGGCCUGAUAGAGCUCUGGUUGGAGUUGACGGAGAAUUAUGCUCCAAUAUUGUUCAUGAGUACCAACACCUUUUUCAGGCUUCUCCUCAUGUUCAUGGCCAAUCAGCGGGUGGAUCCCAAUACGAUUUCGCUCAUCAGAUGCUCCGAAAUUGUCUUGGACUUUCUGUUGCAGAUAUUUGUCAUGAAUGAACCCGCUAAUAGCUAUGAGAUAGUAGGAGCUGGAUUUGUCAUGGGGGCCAUUAUUUUGCUCGCCGGAUCCAAAGCUGGAUAUCUACCAUGCUUGGGUGAGGAGAAGAAAUAGGCAGCAGGCUUUAUUGGAACGAACAACGGAUUGGCCACUGACAGCUCUGAUUAGGUCAUGUCCUAAUGCAAUUUUGCAUGCAUUGUUUCAAGUUCCUUUUUUUGCCCUUCUAAAGUCGGGCGGGCGUAAGGACUUCAUGGGGAA